AUGUCGUGGGACUUGCUGCAGCGAUUCCUCGAAUCCGACGUCUUCAAUGCGAAUCCCUUCCUCUCCGUCUCCUACCUGUCCCGCUAUGCCGACCAUGUAGGCAUUCACUAUGUCUUGUGCAACAAGCUGCGACAGUUCCCCUACGAGGACAUCGAGUUCUUCCUGCCGCAGCUAUGCCACCUCAUCAUAAGCGUCGACAACGAGUCAAUGGCUCUAGAGGAGUUCCUGUUGGAUCUAUGCGAGGAGUCUGUGACCGCCGCAUUGUUGACGUUUUGGCUCUUCCAGACAUAUCUGCAUGAUCUGUCGUCGAACCCGCAGUCUAAUGCCUUUCAGACAUGUCGUCGAGUCUACAACAAGGUGCAGCACAUCGUGUUUGGACUUGCAGACACUGCGCGGCACCACAAGAUCAAGGAAAACGUCCUGCCCGUCACGGUGCUCUCCAGCUUCGUCCUUGCGAGCGUGGCCCUGCCAAUGAUACCGAGAUGGGCCGGCCCCCUUGCUGUCGCGCAGGCCCGAAAGCCGCAGCCCAUUACAGAGGAUAACUCGGACGGAAGCGAAACCCCAAAGCCCACGGCAAAGGCUUCCUCGACAAAGCCUACGAGGGCAAACACCGUCACCAGUCCGAUCUCGAAACCCCGGCGGGCCAAGGAGCCGCUAUCCCCGAGCGCAUCCGACAACAGCCUGGCGCUGGACAGCCGACCUUCAUCACGACGAGUGAAUUCCCAAGCACCAGUCUCUCGUUCACCAUUGAACCCGGACUCGAAAAGACCGUCUGCCCUGGAUAUGAAAUCCCUGGAAGCGAGGCUCAGCACCGCCUCUCUGCCUCUACCGUCCCCAAGAGGCUCAUCCCGGCCAGCAACUCCCGUUUCUGCGGGGGUAAACUCAAGGCCUACAGAUGGCAUCCAUAGAAGGCAUUCUCACCACUUCAAAUCGGCUUUGGGCGCUACAAACUUGUCACCGGCCCAGAAAUCACAGCUCCUGAGGCAACAUUACUUCAGAUCACAAACCCAGUUCUUGUCCGCCCUUGAAGGCAUCUCCAACCGACUGGUCGCCGUGCCGAAACCUGCCCGUAUGAGCGCUCUGCGAGCUGAGUUGGCCCUGAUUGGAAGAGAUUUGCCAGCUGAAAUCGAUAUCCCCAUCAUUUGCCCGCCAACGCUGAUCGACGGGGCGCCGGGCAAGAGUCGCCAUCAUCGAAUUGUACGGCUCAAUCCCGCUGAGGCAACGGUCCUGAACAGCGCUGAGAAGGUGCCAUAUUUACUAAUGAUCGAGGUGCUGAGAGAGGACUUUAGCUUUGAUCCCGAGGUCCCGGAUAACCAGCGGCUGUUGACCAGUCUCCUUGGCGGCAGCGGGCCCUCAAAAAGACUGUUCGACCUCUCUUCAGAGAUACCCAGAGCCGCUCAGAUCGUCCCGCCUCCCGAGCCAAUUAUAGACAGCGUGUUCGAACCAACUUCUGGUGAUUUGGGGAGCUCGCCGCUCCUCAAGGCUUUCGAUGACGAGCCUUCCUCCAUCGGCUACCACUCAAAGCACUCCAACGACCAGCGAUUCUCCAGCGGGGCAACAACCGCGUCUACAACACUGGAUGCCAUUACGCCACGGACGUCAGGGCCGUAUUCGUCCAGAUCUCCUAGUCCUGGCUCUCGGCGGCGGAUGACGCUCAACAUGGCUCGCGCCGACCAGCCAGAUUUCUCGGCAUUGGCUACUCACAUGAGGACAGCGUCGCAGAUGCUGGCUCAGCUUGAGGCCACGAGCGGCAAACGACCAAAGCACGAAGUGGCCGCGAUUAGAGCCAAGAUCAUUGCGAGCAUGCAGAGUCUCGAGGAGCAGAGCUUUGACGCCGAUGAGCACGGCCCUACGUUUGACACCAUCAUGGCCAAGGCCAGCACGGCCAGCGCCAUCCAGGCCAUAGACCCGGAUCUGGACGAAGAAGAGGCGGCACCAAUUGACCCCAAUAUCAACGCUAGUGCGGGCAGGGAAAGGAUGGAGAACGACAUCAAGACGGGAGGUGUCCAGCGCCGUGGUGAUCGCGACGACCCUAGUGCGGCUGUCUUUGGAGAAGCCUGGGAGGCCAAGAAGGAGCGAAUUCGCAAGUCGUCGCCCUACGGAUGGAUGAAGAACUGGGAUCUCGUGAGCGUCAUUGUAAAGACGGGUGCCGAUUUGCGGCAAGAGGCUUUCGCGUGUCAGCUCAUCGAUGUCUGCCACAAGAUUUGGAAGGAUGCAAAAGUGGACGUCUGGGUCAAGUUGAUGCGCAUUCUCGUCACCGGAGAGUCGUCUGGCCUCAUCGAAACCAUCGCCAACGGCGUGUCGCUGCACUCGCUCAAGCGAAGUCUGACGCUCGCAUCCAUUGAGGCUGGGAAUAACCCCCGGCAUCGAAUUGCCACGCUAAAGGACCACUUCAUCAAGGCUUUUGGCCAGCCCGACAGCAAGCCCUACAAGGCUGGACUCGAGGCGUUCAAGCGCUCAUUGGCGGCGUACAGCAUCAUCUCCUACAUCCUCCAGCUUAAAGACCGGCAUAACGGCAACGUGCUCAUUGACAGCGAGGGCCACAUUAUUCACAUCGACUUUGGAUUCAUGCUUUCCAACUCGCCCGGAUCGGUUGGGUUUGAGGCCGCGCCUUUCAAGCUUACACACGAAUACGUAGAGGUCCUUGGCGGAGUGGGGUCGCAAGACUAUGAAGAUUAUAAAAAGUUGUGCAAACAAGCUUUUCAGGCCCUCCGACGGUCAGCGGACUACAUCAUCGACCUGGUGGCCAUGAUGGGCCGGGACUCGAAAAUGCCCUGCUUCGCCGUCGGCGUCGCGCACGCCACGACGACGCUCCGCCAGCGCUUCCAGCUUCAUCUCAGUGCCGAUGAGGCGGAGAACUUUGUCGAGACGGACUUGAUUGCCAAGUCGUACGGCAGUUAUUACACGCGACUGUGA